AUGGAAGAAGAAAUCAUACAAAAGAUAUACAAGUUAACCAACGAGCUCGCAUCACAGCAACAGAGCAACCAAGAUCUAGCGAACACGCUGAAUGGGCAGCUGGCUGAUUUGAAGACAAAGGCAGCAUCAAAGUCAACUACUGAUGACCAGAAAGUUCUGAUCCCUCAUCUUAUACUACCCGAGCAACGAGAUCAAGUCAUGGAAGACCUCAAAAAUCGACUAGAAAAGGCACUAUUAGACCAGCAAACGACAUUACAGGCAAAUCAGCAGCUGGAAAAGGAAGUAAAAGAGCUACAAGGGCUUGUGAAAGAGUACGAAACAGGAUUGGAGUCGAUCACAAGCAAAUUUCGAACACAUGCUAAUGCGACAACAGAGGGGCAAAUCAGACUUCGAAGGGAAUACGAGGCGCUAUUAAACGCAGAAAAGGGAACGACAGCUGCAUUAUUUAUUGAAAAUACCAUGUUACAAACACAACUUCGACAAUUAUCGAAAUCAUUACGAGAUGUAUACAAACACGAAUCGGUAGAUGUGCACGAACAGCAAAUAUCACAGCUAAAAAAGGAGAAUCAGGGUCUCUUGGAAUUAUUGAAAAUGAGCCAGUUGCCUGACUUGAAGGAAGCCACGACGCAGGAAAAGUCAUCGCCCGUACUGCAAGUAGCAAGAGCAGGUGUCGUCGAGGAGUUCUUUGACUAA